AUGUCUCUGGAGAUCACCUUCCUGGGCACGGGCGCAGCUUUCCCGUCGCCGUCCCGCGGAGCCUCGGCGCUGGCGCUGCGCAGGGAGGGCCAGUGCUGGCUCUUCGACUGCGGCGAGGGCACGCAGACACAGCUCAUGAGGAGCCACCUCCGGGCAGCCAGAAUUACCAAGAUUUUCAUCACUCAUCUUCACGGCGACCACAUUUUUGGACUGCCUGGGCUGCUGUGCACGCUGAGCCUGCAGAGCAAUGAUGCCAGCAAAGCCCCCGUUGAUAUUUAUGGGCCCCUGGGGCUGCGGAGCUUCCUCUGGAGGAGCCUGGAGCUGUCCCACUCCCAGCUCCUCUUCCCCAUCACCGUCCACGAGCUGGUCCCCACGCGGGACCAGUGCCCCCCUGAGGAAUUCAAGGACUUUUCCAGCCUGGACAGAGGUGAGGAGCUUUCCCAGGGGCCCCCGGGGAGAGUCCUGCACCUGGACGCCGGAGAAGAUUCCUACCUGCUGGUGGAGGACGAGCAGCUGGUGGUGAGAGCGUUCCGCCUCUUCCACCGCGUGCCCUCCUUCGGCUUCGUGCUGCAAGAGAAGCCCCGGCCCGGGAAGCUCAACGUGCAGAAACUCAAAGACCUUGGAGUGCAGCCGGGUCCCUCCUACGGGAAGCUGAAGAGCGGCGCCUCCAUCGUCCUGGAAAACGGAGCCACGCUUUUUCCCGGGGAUGUGCUGGACGCUCCCAUUCCCGGCAGGAAGAUCUGCGUGCUGGGCGACUGCUCGGGGCCGCUGGGGGAGGCGGCGGAGCGGCUGUGCCGGGACGCGGACGUGCUGGUGCACGAAGCCACGCUGGCCGACGGGCAGCGCGACAAGGCGCGACAGCGCGGGCACAGCACGCCCGCCACGGCCGCCGAGCUGGCCAAGAGGUGCCGCGCCGCGAGGCUGGUGCUGACCCACUUCAGCCAGCGGUACCGGCCCGCCGGGCAGCCCGGCCACGGCGACACCGCCGUCACCGAGCUCCGGAGGCAGGCGGAGGCCGUGAUGGGUGGGCGGGAGGUGACGCUGGCCGAGGACUUCAUGACCAUAGAGAUCCCAGUGAAAAAGUGAAAAUUGAAGAGUUCAUGACCACAGAGAUCCCAGUGAAAAAUGAAAAAUGAGGAGUUUGUGACCACAGAGAUCCCAGUGAAAAAGUGAAAAAUGAGGAGUUAAUGACCACAGAGAUCCCAAAGAAAAAGUGAAAAUUGAGGAAUUCGUGACCACAGAGAUCCUGAUAAGUGAAAACUGAGGAAUUCAUGGCCACAGAAACCCCAGUGAACAAGGGAAAACGCUGGUGCUGGCAAGCUGAGCUUUUCGGGUGUCCUGCCCAUUAAAAACCUGAGAGUGACAUCUCUGCCAGAGCCGUACACAGCAUUUUGUGGCCUG